ACUAUCAACAGUGUCUGUUUGUGCUGCUCACUCUUUCUCUAAGUUCUUCGUCCUCUAUCCGUCUACUGUUCUUCUUGGACCCUACAGGACCCAGUGCCACAUCAUGUUUCCCCGUGUGUUGGCGCUGCUCCUGCUGUGUAUCUCCUCAGGCUUGGCUGCCACGCUCAUCCAGGCCUCUGUUGAAUGGACUGCAGCUGACGGGUCUGUUUUGCCUGGAACUCAGGCUGAUGAGGCCCCAAAUGUAGACCAUGCCGAGGUUCCAGUAAAUGACCCAGCUACUGGAGACUUCCAGGCUGAAGACAUCCUCUUGGCAGGAUCCCAUGUGGAGGAAAAACAUGCAGAGUCCCAGAGUUCCCCCCAAGAAUCAGAGGAUGAGUUGAACUGGGGCUUCAGCUCUAUCAGGGGGAGCUUCCAGGCAGUUAAUGGAUAUUUUGACUCUAUACUGGAGCUGAUGGGAGGCAAGGAUGGUGUGUGUCAGUACCGCUGUAGAUAUGGUAAAGCUCCUCAGCCUCGCCCUGGCUAUCAGAUGCCUGAACCUGAUGGUUGUAGCACCACACUGCUUGGCUUCCAGGUACCAAACAGUUUUGAUAUGGGUGUCCCCGCCAUGACCAAAUGCUGUAACCAGCUUGAUAUUUGCUACGACACCUGUGGCUCCAACAAGUACCGCUGUGACACCAAGUUCCGCUGGUGUCUCCACAGCAUCUGUGCUGACCUCAAGAAGAGUCUGGGCUUUGUGUCAAAAGUUGAAGCGUGCGAGACGUUUGCUGAUACCAUGUAUAACACUGUGUGGACUUUGGGCUGCAGGCCCUUCAUGAACAGCCAGAGGGCAGCAUGCUAUUGUGAAGGAGAUGAGAAGGAUGAGCUGUGAAGACCUGCAAACCACGAAAACAUACCAUCUUCAACACUUACAAACACUGUACAGGUUUAAAGAGGGCAGUAUUAGGGUGAAUGUCACUAAACCUCAAUUGAGGUAUUUUCAAUAGAUAUUCAUUACUGUAAUAUUACCUUUUAUUUUUUUUAAAUCUCUCUCUCUCUCUCUCUCUCUCUCUCUCUCUAUAAAUAAUUAGAUUUUUAAUUUACAUCCACAUAAAUGAAACGCAGCACAACAAGUACUAGCAUGAUGUUUAAAUGCUUUAUGUAAACAACAGUUACACUUAUGAGAUUUUUUUAUUUUUUAUUAUUAUUAUUAUAAGAAUGGGGUAAGGGAGCUUAAUUGUUUAAUUGCUUAAUGUUUUUAUGUCACAAUGCAUAGAAUUUUAAAGAUCCUCAAAAUAAGUUUCAUUUUCUUUAAGAAAAAUAACAUAUUUAUAAUUGUUGAUUUUGGAGUCAAAUAUGCCUUGCACAUGUUCCUGGCAGGUUUUGGGAGAUUCACUCAUUAACCCUUGAACUGGUGCUAGUGGAUACAUUUUAGUAAAUCAAAACAUUGUAUAUGGUAUGUUUAAAAGUAUCUGUCAAACAUAUUUGUAGUUUGUCACUGUGUGCAAUUUUGUCAUAUGAGAAGACAAAUUAUCAGUAAUAAAUAUUGUCUCAAAAACCUGUUUUUAAAAACAAAAAUAAAUAAAAGAAGAAGAGACGAAACGGGCAAAUGGCAACAUAAACGCCCCACAAUAACUGACAAUCUAUGUUUGUAUAAGACUAAUAUUUAAUGUAUUAAGCAACACUGUUCCAAACUAAAUCCAAUUUGGCUUUAUUCACAGUUAUAUGGAAGGCGCGGGAAGGGGGGGUGCUGAGGGUGCUGAAGCACCUCCUAGUGAGCAAGACUGGAAAACAGUAUCAACGAAAUUUCAUAUAUUUCAUUGUAUUAAUGCAGUAGGUAUAAUGCAAUUUUGGCUUUCAGUAUAUCAUUUAUGUUAAUAAAAAUUGUGUCCCAUUUCGGAGAGAUUUGUCAUGCUUGUGGGCAGGGCUCUGCUGAACUGAAGAGAGACCCUGUGAUGGUGAUGGACACUAGUGAACUUUUCAUUCUCCCUUUUUUCCUUUUAUUUGCACAAAAGCAAAAAAAAAUAAAAUAAAAUAAAAGUGAUCGUUAACAAUGAAACGGUAAAUUAAGAUUAAAUUGUGUUAUUGUAUCAUUACUGUUGUUUAAUGAUACAUAUUGUAUUACAGUUUAUAUGAAUAAAAACAAAUGAAUCAA